CUGGGGGGUCCCCGGGGGGCGCGUGGGUCCCAUGGGGGGGCUGGGGGUUCCCAGACACCUGGGCCCCGCGUGGGGAGUCUGGGGGGUCCCCCGGACGCCUGGGCCCCUAGGAAGCAGUGGGGUGGAUUCCUGGGGGGGAUCCUGGACACCUGGGCCCCUUUGCGGAGGGGGGGGAGAGGGUCCCCCGGACGCCUGGGCCCCCCCCGGACGCCUGGGCCCGCAGGCUCCCCGCGGGCAGUGGAGGCGGGCGCUGCGCGACCUGGCCGCGCUCUUCCCGCGGCGGUCUUCGGCGGACGCGCUGCCCCCGCUCGUGCUGCGGCACCAGCUCUACAGCGUCGUGGGCGACCGCACCGCCGUGGACCGGCACCUGAACCGCCUGCGGGACGAGGGCCGGAUCCGGCUGCUGCACCUGGGCUUCGAGGGCGACGCGCUGGCCGUCGUCUUCACGGAGCCCUACACGGCCAAGGUGGGCGCGGGGGGCGGCGCCCCGCAGGCCGGGCUCGUGCGGCGCUUCCUGGAGACGGGCCGUGCCGCCUGCCCCGAGCUCAGCUACGAGCAGAGCCGCGUGCGGGCGCUGGGCUUCGCCGACGCCGACGUCACGCAGCUGGUGGCGGCCGGGGUGCUGACGGUUCGCGACGCCGGGAGCUGGUGGCUGGCGGUGCCGGGCGCCGGGCGCUUCGUCAAGGCCUUCGUCCGCGGCCGCCGCGCGCUGCUGGCCGCCAUCCGGCGCUCGCGGUACAAGGAGGUGGCGCUGGCGGAGCUGGGGCAGCGCCGGGGCCUGGCCGGGGCCCCCCUGGGGGUGGCCUACCACAUCCACGACCUCGUCGGGGCUCAGCUCGUCCGCCGCAUCCCCUCCGCCUCCGGGACGCUGCUGCGAUUGGCCGAGACGUGACCUUUGCCCCCUGCCCCCCUGGAGGCCCGGAUGCUUCCCAGGAUGCAAUGGGGCUGUGCCCUGCGCUGCUCCCGGCCCUCAGGGAGCGCUGUGGACCAAUGGGGGCGUGGCUUGGGCAGGGCCCGCCCCCUCUGAGGGGGCGGGGCUAAGCCAGUUCCUCUUCAAAGGGUUACGGACCAAGUGGGCCCACCUUUAAAAGGGGUUGAC